AUGCUCUCCAAGAAGCAGCGCCAGCGAGAGCUUGCCUGUGCUGAAGAUAUAUCACUUCUCUCCAUUCUGAGCCCUCCUUCAUACUCUCUGCUGGUGAACAAGCCACCAUUCCUAAAGUCCCAACCUGACUCUUCGCGAGUUUUGCCGUUCGAAACCGAAGUCAGUCUGGCAAGCACUUUGGCUUUCCUCUCUGGUAUCUCCGACGACCCCAGCCAUGUGGUGGCAGCCUCUGUGGAAGAGUUGGGAAAUGGAAACGGGAUAUGUGUCAGAGUGGCCAUCAACAAAGACCAUGCCGGCGGCGGAGAUGAUGUGUUGGAAAGGAUCCAGGAUGGGUUGCAAAGGGUGCUGAAGUGUCUAGCCCCCAAACACACAGACUCAGACGAUCACACCCACGAUCAGACUUUGACGGCGAUACUGGAUAUGUCCCAACCACGGCUGCUAUCUCGUCUCGGAGUUCAGCGGGCUGGAAUAAAGAAGGCCGCAAAGGACAGGUCCUUUUUCGGUUCACCCAUUCAGCAAAUCAUCAAUGCUGUCAGCCAAUACAAAUACACCAAGAAGGUGGAGGCAGAAGCUCGCAGAUUUAUUAAACUGGCUGGGGAGCUACUCACUCACCUCGAACAGCUCAAGACUUGCAAAGUAGUAGCUCUAACAGCCUGUUUCAAACGGGUCACUUACACGUCGUCCCAGCUUAUAGCAAGCAUCAAGUUUGACAAGCUAUUCUCAGCACUGAAUAUCGACCCAUUGAUGAAAACUGGGUUUGUCACUCGACUUGGAAAGAUUGCCCGGUACUACGAGAGUUCGCACUUUCUAGUCCAGCUGGCGAAGAGGAGCAUACUUUUUGACCACACGGAGGUCACAACGAUCAAAUUAAACGAGGAAGCAUUUUUGAGAGUUCCAAACUCUGAGACCAUUCAUCGACUAUCAGAAUGCCUCUCACGUUGCCAUCCCGGCGCUCCAUUGCCUCUCAAUAUCAACAAAAUCUGCCAAAAGGUCAAGACGGACCCGACAACGGCCAACGCAGUGUUUGGGAAGGCAACCAGGAAGAUACUGGCUGAGUCAAAGGUCCAUGCGGAAGUGCAGAUAGUGGCCUACUAUGGGCUUCAUCCAGUGGCGCGCAAGCCCCGGGUAAUAUGCUCAAACAAGGACGCAUGCUAUAUGUGCAACUUGUUCAUUCAAGUUCACGGGAUGUACUAUGUGCCCAAGAGCCAUGGAAGAUUGUAUACUGGCUGGAGGGUCCCGCCUAUAUCUUCCCUCAACGACGCACAUGCUCAGCUUGACAAAGCUUUGCAGAACAAGAUCAGGGAUGUUGUUCAGGAGUUCAAGGAUUUUGGCGAUCGAGAACGGGUAUUGGAUCUCAAUCAGAAUGAGAGCACCAUCUUUCCAUUCACGACCCUUAUGUCGUCGCUGGAAAGCAUAUCACUGCCCGUGGCAAAGCCUCCACAGGCCGGUCAGGUGCAGAAGCCUCCGCGACCACCCCAGAGACUACACGAGCCACCUCAGCGUCGAUUACCCGAGCGACCACAAUCAGAGCAACGACAGCCAGAGCAAUCGCAAGAGCAACCACAAGAGCUAUCGCCUGCAACUACACAACUGUCCAAGCCUCACAUAGUCAAAACAAGCACCCCGCGCAUAGAACGUCGAGAUGAGAGAAUCACUGAUCAACAGCCUACUAUUGAACCAACUUCAUCAACCUCCAAGUCAUCUUCAACACCUGUGUUCAGCCCAACACUUGUAGCGCCAUCUCCAGAAGAUCUUCCAUCGCCUCCGAGACCAAAACCGCCAGUAAAACAAGACACGCCCAUCCCCGUAAAAACCCUUCCAAAACCAACCCUCGCCAACCUCUCGCUCCUCGACCAACAAUCUCCCGACCUAUUGGAAAACCAAAAACCAACACGACAAACGAGCCGAACUUCGUCAGAGCCAGCAGAGGUAACCCCUUCUCUGCCCACCAAAGCCCAAAACUCGCGAGGAAGCGAGGGUAAAAGGGUGGAGUCGUCUGAGCAAAAAGGAAAAGUCUUGCUCCAAAGGGGGAAAACCACUGGUAUUUGGAUGGACGAGGGGGUGCUGCCGCCUGUUUUUACGGCUGGGGGGCUGGAUAUCUUUUUGGAGAAUGUGACUGAAUGUAAAAGAGGGAGAAAAAGGGGAAGCACCGGGAAGGUGGUGAGGGUGGAUUUAACUUGGUUGGGUGGGGAGGGUGAGAGAAGGCCAAGGAUGAAGAGGGGGAGGAAUUAUCAUUUCCUAGAGGGGCUGGAGAGGGGGAUGGAGGUCGAUGGGGGGAGCGGAGAGGUUGUGGUUUUGGAGGGGGGUGGGGAGGUGGUUGUUGUUGAGGUUGUUGGGGAGGGAAGGGGGAAGGGGGUGUCGGGGGGUAAGGCCGAAUGGGCAUGA